CGUGCCUCGGCCUUUGUGCCGCCGCCUCCCGCCCCUUCGAGAAACCCAAGCCCGGCCAGUCCGCCGCGGCAGCGCACCCCCUCCUCCCCACUGAGUUAGGCAGGCAGGCUGGCUGGCUGGCUGGCGGGAGGGACCUGUGCCGAGGGAGGAGGGACCGGCCGCCGAGCCCCUGCUGGCCUGAGCCUCCUGCGCUCCGUCCCGCCUGCCAUUCGUCCCAGCAGCAGCAACCGCUGCGCUUCCCCAUCCCCAACCCCGCUUCUAAAGGCAUCAACUUGCAGAAGAAGUUCAUGAGCGGCCCUGAAGCCAAACUCGUGAAUCUGUUUGGCCCCGACCGACGAGAGGAAGGCCGGCUUUGCUGUGCCUAAGUCAGCCUGCGCCCCCCGCCCCCCCGGCCGAACUUCCCUCCCCCUCUUCGUCCCUGUCUCCGUCCCACUUUCCACUCCAGUCCUUGAGACUCGGUUGCUUUAAGAGGCCAGGAUUCCGAGGGAAGAGGCGGAGCGUUUCCAUGGAGCUGGCGGGUUUAUGCUACCGAGAGGGGGCCUGAAAGAGGCGAGGCCGUGCGUGGUCGUCUCUUUGGGGCUGCCAAGGAAGCGUGUGGGGCUCGUGUGGGAUAGAGGGGCGAGGGCUGUGGGGUAAAACUGGGUGAGGUGAUGCGCAAUAGGGGCAUAGUGUCAAGAUCUCAAAGAGGAGAUCGUUGUCUCCAUGUUGCUCUUGCUUGAUGCAUCCGGGCAACCCUUGCAACCAGCAGCAUCGCUCUGGAAGAUGGUGGAGGAUCAAGUAGCGCCCAGUGAGAGGCUGGAGGUGAAGACCAUCUUGGGAGAUGAUGUUGUGGAACGGAGCUUGGAGCUGCACACUGAGGUGCAGACCCUGCUGGAAUUCUAUCAGGAGAUACAGCUGGACCACUCAAAACUGGAAGGGAGCCCUCCACAAGUAGCUGGCAGCUUGCUUGCUGCUCCACCCCAUCUUAAGGAGCUGAUGAGGGAGGAAAUUCGCCUUCUUCUGAGGGGCCUCCAGCAAAAAGCAUUUAAGGAAGGCAGGGACCAAGAUUGCGCCAUUGCUAAAUACAGUCCCCAUGUGGUCACCUUUGCUCUGAAGGGAGAUGCUGGAAUUGGACGGCCUGCCUCUGGGAGCACCACCUUCAUCCAGUCAUUGCCCUCCAAAGCCAUCAAUGACCUGGGACCCUUCUGUAAUAAACUGAAUAUCACCCAUUUUGGUGAGGUAGCCUUUCGACUCCGGACCCUGCUGGAAGAUGAAUGCCGUGCUUUAGAAAGGUGCAUCUCUCAUUUACAGGGUCAGCUGGAAAAGGCGUGUCAUCAGGCUGCACAGUUGCUAGAGACAACACAUGAGCCUACCAUGGCUGAACUGCAAGAAGAGAAGCAUGCCAUGGAGCGAGACCUGCAGCUGAGCCAGUCUCAGUUGUCCUCUACUGGUUCCUUGAAGUCAAAGCCUUUUGGGAGCAGUGGCUAUCAGCCUCAACCUAGCCAUUUGGGAGGUACAGCAAAAGGACCAGACUUCAGAGAGACACCUCCUGCUUCUUCAUCCAGUCCACAAAAUCAAAUGACUUCUUUAUGCCAUCAGGGACAGCCAUGGAGGAGCUACUUAGAAAAAGGCCCACAAAGAUGGCUACAGCAAAAGGAACUCAGGCAAGCACGGAAAGACAAGGACAUUCAGUUGCACAGCCUUAUGACUGCAGCACCUCCCACAGGAAGUAGAUUCAGUUCAGCAUGUGAGAUAGCGAUAGCAGGGGUAGUCCCUGCCUUCACCCCUGCACCUCCCCCAAAACCAUGUCCACUGCAGCGCUUCUGCCCUAAUACUAGGUUGCUGCGGUGCAAAGGGCCCAGCUAGGGAAAUGAGAUCACCACCUCAUCCUUACCAUCCCCUUUUCUGCUCCCAUGAUGCACUGUUUUAAGGGGAGCUUGCCCUGUUAUUUUCUGGGUUUAUUUACAGGUUAGGAGAGUUCUGGGAGUUUCGCGAAAGUAGAAAGUCAGUAAUGAGUCUCUUUCAGCACAGGCCAUCCUCCUGCAAGCACCCCGAAGGUUGAGAUUCUUCUCCAUAGCCACAACUGUAUACUGUGGUCUUUGUGGGAUACCUAUGACCUUCGCAGCUGCCCCAUUUCCCCUUCCAACAAAAAUAGGCAGCACCACCCUAGGCUCAGGAAUAUAAAUUUCAUUAAAAUCUAUUAGACUUUAAAAA